UUGCAACUUCAAUGGUCUUUUGUUGCUGUUCAGGCAGUUGUUGUUCAAUAAAUUGUUGUGAAGAUAAAAAUGGCCAUUCAAUUCCUAGGCUUACAAAAAUUGAAGAGAAGAAUUUAUCGAUGGAAGAACAAUUAAUUUUGGCUAUAAAACGCUCAUCUCUACGAUCAAUUGUUAAUUGCUAUAUUAGAGGUGUCAAUGCAGAUGCUGUAAUAGAUCCAAGCAAUGGAGAAAAUCCCCUACAUCUUGCUGUUAGGACAAACCUUAUAGCAGUCCUUCUCCUUUACGCAAAUGAGCAAAUGUUGACUGGACGGAACAAUAAUGGAGAUCAACCGUUACAAUUAGCAGGCAGUUAUUCUUCAAGAAUACGCAAAUGUAUUCAACUUUUUAUCGAUAUUCAUUGUAAAAAGGAUAAAGAAGACUCUGACGAUGAAGGAGAGAAUGAAGAAGAAAAGUUGCCGAAUAAUGAUGAAAGAACCAAGCCUCCAAUUCUUCUCUCUCUUGAUGGGGGUGGAAUUAAAGAACUUGUGCUAAUAAGGGUGCUUUUGAUUAUCGAGAGAAAUUUGGGCAAAGAUUUAUGGCCUCUAAUCGACUGGGUUGCUGGUAUGAUCUCGACCAUAAAUCCUGUGGUGUUGGAACGAAUAUUAAUUCAGACAUUGUCCACAGAUUUUAUUUCUUCAAUCGAAAAGCCAAAAUUAUUAUUAACCUCUGCUAAAAUGAAUAUUGCACCUCCUUCAUUGGUUCUCUUUCGCAGCUAUCAACUCCCAGAGGAACUUACAAAAGGGGAGGACAAGAUGGAAGAGAUGGGAUAUGUUGACAGAAAUGUGACUACUAUAUGGAAAGCAGCUCGUUGUUCAAGGUGA